CAGAAACCAUUUGAGAUCGAGAAUAGUGUCAAAUUGAGUUUAUGAGUAGUGAUCAAGUUUCAUCGAAAAUAAAUCUUAGUGAAAAGAAUCAUUUUGUUGAGCUGUGAGACACUGCACCCACCAUGUUCUUAUAUAAUCUAACCCUACAGAGGGCCACAGGAAUUACUCAUGCUGUUCAUGGAAAUUUCUCGGGAACUAAACAGCAAGAAAUUGCAGUUUCCCGAGGAAAAAUUCUUGAACUGCUUAGGCCAGAUCCCAACACAGGAAAAGUUCAUACCUUACUUACAGUUGAAAUAUUUGGGGUGAUUCGUUCUAUAAUGGGUUUUAGGCUCACAGGUGGAUCAAAAGACUUCCUACUCUUAGGCUCUGAAAGUGGCUUGAGUUUGUUUAUUAGCAGCAUGUUUUUAUUUAUUAAAACUUAAAAGGUUCACCAAGAAACAUUUGGAAAAAGUGGAUGUAGAAGGAUUGUACCAGGACAUUAUCUGUCUAUUGAUCCAAAAGGACGAGCUGUCAUGAUUGGUGCUGUAGAGAAACAGAAGCUUGUGUACAUCCUUAACCGUGAUGCUGCUGCUCGAUUGACAAUUUCAUCUCCCCUUGAAGCCCACAAAUCUAAUACACUUGUCUGUCACAUGGUUGGAGUGGAUGUUGGUUUUGAAAAUCCAAUGUUUGCUUGUUUAGAAAUGGAUUAUGAAGAAGCAGACAAUGAUCCUACAGGUGAAGCAGCCCAAACAACUCAUCAAACACUGUCUUUUUAUGAAUUAGAUCUGGGACUGAACCAUGUUGUGAGAAAAUACAGUGAACCUUUAGAAGAACAUGGAAAUUUUCUAAUAUCAGUUCCUGGUGGAGCAGAUGGACCUAGUGGUGUUCUCAUAUGUUCUGAAAACUACAUCACCUACAAAAACUUUGGAGACCAGCCAGAUAUUCGUUGUCCUAUCCCGAGAAGAAGGAAUGACUUGGAUGAUCCAGAGAGAGGGAUGAUUUUUGUUUGUAGUGCAACUCAUAAAACUAAAUCGAUGUUCUUCUUCUUAGCUCAAACAGAGCAAGGUGACAUCUUCAAAACUACACUGGAAACUGAUGAAGACAUGGUAACAGAAAUCAAGCUUAAGUAUUUUGACACUGUUCCUGUAGCAACUGCAAUGUGUGUUCUGAAGACAGGAUUUCUAUUUGUGGCUUCUGAGUUUGGAAAUCACUACUUGUACCAGAUUGCACAUUUAGGUGAUGAUGAUGAUGAACCAGAGUUUAGUAGUGCAAUGCCACUGGAAGAAGGAGAUACAUUUUUCUUUGCUCCUCGUCAACUAAAGAAUCUAGUUUUGGUUGAUGAAUUAGAAAGUCUAUCUCCCAUCAUGCAUUGCCAGAUUGCAGAUUUAGCUAAUGAAGAUACCCCUCAGUUAUAUACGGCCUGUGGUCGAAGUUCACGAUCUUCACUACGAGUUUUGAGACAUGGUUUGGAAGUGUCAGAGAUGGCUGUGUCUGAACUACCAGGUAACCCCAAUGCUGUAUGGACUAUAAAAAAGAAGUCAGAUGAUGAAUUUGAUGCCUACAUUAUUGUAUCUUUCGUCAAUGCCACCCUUGUAUUAUCUAUUGGUGAAACGGUAGAAGAAGUGACAGAUUCUGGGUUUCUUGGUACCACCCCAACCUUGUCCUGUGCUCAGAUUGGAGAUGAUGCUUUAGUUCAAAUCUACCCAGAUGGCAUACGUCACAUUCGAGCAGAUAAACGUGUGAAUGAAUGGCGUACACCAGGGAAGAAAACCAUUGUUAAAUGUGCAGUAAACCAGAGACAAGUUGUUAUAGCUCUUACUGGAGGUGAACUUGUUUACUUUGAAAUGGAUCCAACAGGACAGUUAAAUGAAUACACAGAUAGAAAAGAAAUGUCAGCUGAUGUGAUCUGUAUGGCACUUGCAGGAGUACCGGCAGGAGAACAACGUUCAAGGUUUCUGGCUGUUGGCUUAGCUGAUAAUACUGUUAGGGUGAUUUCACUUGAUCCUUCUGACUGCUUGUCCCCUCUGAGUCUUCAGGCCCUGCCUGAUACACCAGAAUCGCUGUCCAUAGUAGAGAUGGGUGGGUCUGAGGGUGGAGGAGAAUCACUGCAGGGAAUGUUGUAUUUGAAUAUUGGACUACAGAAUGGUGUACUUUUGCGAACAGUCCUUGACCAAGUAACAGGAGAUUUGUCAGACACUCGAACUCGCUACUUGGGCUCUAAACCAGUGAAGCUUUUUAAAGUUAGAAUGCAAGGCACUGAUGCAGUUUUAGCUAUGUCUAGUCGAUCGUGGUUGAGUUAUUAUUACCAAAAUCGUUUCCAUCUUACUCCUUUAUCUUAUGAAACGUUGGAGUAUGCUUCUGGAUUUUCUUCAGAACAGUGUCCUGAAGGAAUUGUAGCCAUCUCUACAAAUUUCUUGAGGAUCUUGGCUUUAGAGAAGUUAGGAGCUGUCUUUAACCAAGUCUCAACACCUUUGGAGUAUACACCCAGAAAAUUUGUUAUUCAUCCAGAUACUGGAUAUCUGAUUCUCAUUGAAACUGACCAUAAUGCUUAUACAGAAAAAACCAAACAGGAAAGAAAACAACAGAUGUCCCAGGAAAUGAUUGAAGCAGCUGGGGACGAUGAACAGGACUUGGCCAAUGAAAUGGCUGCAGCUUUUUUGAAUGAAAAUCUUCCAGAAACAACAUUUAGUGCCCCAAAAGCUGGUCCAGGGAUGUGGGCCUCUGUGAUUCGAAUCAUAGACCCGAUUGAAGGCAAGACCAUUGAUAAAGUUUCUUUAGAACAGAAUGAUGCAGCAUUUAGCAUUUGUUUGACGAAGUUUGCUAACCAUGGAGAUGAGUUAUUUUUGCUGGUGGGAAUUGCUAAAGAUUUCCAGUUAAAUCCUCGACAGUCCAAUGGUGGUAGUAUCCACGUGUAUAAAUUUGUAGAUGAAGGGCGACAACUGGAACUUGUUCAUGCGACACCUGUGGAUGAAGUUCCAGGAGCCAUAUGCCCCUUUCAAGGUCGUGUCCUUGUUGGUGUUGGUCGAGUGCUUCGUAUUUAUGACUUGGGGAAGAAGAAGAUGUUGAGAAAGUGUGAAAACAAGUAUAUUCCCAACUUCAUUGUCACUAUUCAUGCCAUGGGAAAUCGUGUGAUUGUAGGAGAUACCCAGGAUAGCUUUCAGUUUUUGCGAUACAAGCGUCAGGAAAAUCAGUUGAUUGUGUUUGCCGAUGACACCAACCCACGCUGGGUGACGACUGCAACACUACUUGACUAUGAUACCAUUGCUGGUGCUGAUAAGUUUGGAAAUAUGGUCAUGAUUAGACUUCCACCUGUUAUCAGUGAUGAAGUAGAUGAAGAUCCAACAGGAGUGAAGGCCUUGUGGGACCGAGGCUGGUUGGGAGGUUCUUCACAAAAGGCAGAAACAAUAGCCAGCUUUCACAUAGGUGAAGUGAUUUUAUCACUCCAGAAGGCCACUCUCAUCCCUGGAGGCUCAGAGUCCUUGGUGUACACAACCCUCUCUGGAACAGUGGGGGUCCUUGUUCCAUUCACUUCGCAUGAGGACCACGAUUUUUUCCAACAUUUAGAGAUGCACAUGCGCUCGGAAAAUCCUCCAUUGUGUGGCCGUGAUCACCUGUCCUUCAGAUCGUACUAUUUCCCUGUCAAGAAUGUGAUUGAUGGAGACCUGUGUGAACAGUUCAACUCUUUGGAACCUAGUAAACAAAAGAGCAUUGCUGAAGAUCUGGAUCGAAAUCCAAGUGAGGUCUCCAAGAAGUUGGAAGACAUCAGAACAAGAUAUGCUUUCUAAGCCUUUGCUGUCAUUUGUAUUGUGACUUUUUUGUACAUUAUUCAUAUUCAUUGAACUUAGACUUCAUGUAAUAUCAUUGAUUUUUAGAUUUUGUAUUGUUAAUUUUAAGUAAAUACCUGUACAUUUAACAGUGGUCAGUUGUCUCAUUUUGAGAACAAAUUUGUUUCUCACAUGCCAGUAGUCUAACUUGAAUGUAAUACCCUCUACCAAUAGCAUUAUAAAUGUGCAGGAUCUUUAUAGGGGGAAAAGAACUGCCAUAAAGAUUUUGCAAAAUUCAUUAUCUUAGGUUUUGCUUAUUUUUACUAGAGCAUUAUAUACAGUAUGUAUAUAGCAUACAAGUUUGAGGUUAUAUAUACUAGUAUUCAAACUUUGUUUUCUUGUGCAUUUUGUAUAUAAGAAGCCAUGUAUGAAAGUCAUUGUUGUGGAAAACCAUGAAUAACAAUACGUACAUCUCCAUUGUUUGUGUAUAGUAACUACGUAAUAGUCAUUUGUAAUGAUGAUUUAAUCAUUAUUUAGAUACUGUUGACAAUAAAUCUUUCCAAACUUUUACUGGAUAACACUAGUCUUAAUGGCUCACGUUUUAAAUAAGGAAUAAACUUGAGCAUUUCUUUGUGAUUUUA